CGAAAAAAAAAAGAAAAUAGGAAUUGGCAUGUCAUGUCUUUGAAAAUUCAAAUUGUAAUAACCGCGAUUGAUCCUCCUCUUUCUUCUAUCAGGCUGUUCCGAUUUCCGAUUCCUCACUCGGGUGCAAUAUUAUAGUGUACGUAACAUAAACUAUACUCUAUAGUAUCAUAAGAUGCGUACGUUCAUGGUUUAUGCUCGCGCAACUCCUCGUUCAUCGACAAUCAUUGGUUAUGUAUGCGCGGCGGAUAUAUAUGCGAACGAUGAUGAUUUCGUCGCAUAAUUAAUUUGAUACCCUAUCGAGGAUAACGUUGAUCUUAGAAAAUAAUGCGUUUCAUGUACGCGUAUAAUUUGCGAUCUAAUAGAUAGUGUGAGCGAAAAACCAAACCCAACACUAAGUGUUACGUAUAGUAUCACGAGUCCGCGAUUAUUUUUAUAGGAAGAUUUCGUAUAUGUGUAAAUGAGAGUGAAUAGAUUAAUUAAUCUUAUUAUACGUGCGGAAAGUGUCUGCAACAUAACGCAGCAUCGAACGAUGUACACGUGGAAACUGACUGGUCAUGCUUUCAAACGAUUCAACACGAGUUGUACUAGUCACAACAGUAAUAGAUUAGCCAUCGUUUUGCAGCAUUGCGGUCCAAAGACUCAAAAUCGCGGUAAAUUUGGCAGUUACCGCAAGAAGAUAAGUUUAUGGUUCCGUGAACAAGGCACACAGGUGGCCCACGUCUGCAAGAAACAGUUCGAGUUCAUAGCGGCUCAACGAAUCAGACGAUACAUACAGAUCUUUCAUCUGUAUACGAGAAUAUGGGACGAGGUAGCAUUGAGAGAAUUCAUGCGGUCAUGGAGAUUGAGACUCGCCAGAAACACCAAGAAUUUUUUGAUAAGCGCGACCGGCUUGUCCGUGUACGAUUGGAAUCGCGAUAGGAUAAGCGAUGAGGAAAUUAAUAGGUGGUAUAAGUGUGAAAUUGAAGGAAUUCAUACAUUGCGAGACUCCACAGUAGUCUGUACUAAAUGUCAUUUGCGAAUUGUUAUUGAUAUUGUACAGCCCAAUGUGAAAUAUUGUAAAUGUGGAGUUCAAUCUUCUCUCACUUCAAGUGAAGAUUAUAGUUGGCAGCCUUUCAUUGAGCGUCAGGAUAUGUUAAUAUGGAGAAAAAAAGAAUCUGAUUCGGGAGGAUUAUAUGCAUAUAAAGUAUACGGUUCCUUCUCUGAUGUUACUGCUGAUGAUUUUCUGCAAGUACAAAUUGAUGUAGAUUAUAGAAAACAAUGGGAUCCCACUGCUCAGGAAUUAAAAAUUAUCGAGACUGAUCCAAAGUCAGAAUCAUCCAUUAAUCAUAGUACUGACAUUAUUCAUUGGGAAAUGAUCUGGCCUAAAUUAUUUUCUAACAGAGAUUAUGUAUAUCAACGACGAUGGAUUGUGGAUAAAGAGGAGGGACUUGUGAUUAUUGUGAGCAGAGUAACAGAACAUCCUGAUGUUCCAGAAAAACGAGGAAUUUACAGGGUCAAGACAUAUUGGUCGUACAUGGUGAUAAAACCUUAUACAAAAUUUCAUGAGCCAGGUAUCGAAUUCGGUCUUACUUACUUUGAUGAUCCUGGCGUCGCUGUACCAUCUGCUGUUACUACAUGGGUAGCAUUAAGAGGUUUACCAGAUUUUCUAAUUCGCAUGAGACAGGCUUCAAAGAAUUAUCAAAAAUAUAAACUGAUGAAACAAAAUACAAGUGAACAUAAGAACAGUCUUACAUUUCCUGAGGACGAUGUUUCCAAAGAUCAACAUAAAGUUGAUGUAGAAAAUGAUUUAGACAAUGAUAAAAAAUCGAUGAGAGAUUACCAAGAUCCACGAGAUAAUUCUACUAACAAUACUAACAAAUUGGAUGUGGUACACGAUGUACAGCAAGAAAAUGAUAUAACAGAAAUUGAAAAUAAGGAUACAAAUUCUACAUCCAAAGAAGAACAAGGUUUAUUACAUUAUUUCUAUCUUACGAAAUUAUUUGCAUUUUUGGAUCUUUGACAAUUGGAUUUAAUGAAGUAACUUUUGAGCAGUAGAUAUUUUAAUGUAAUUUCAUAUGAGGAAAAUAACAAUCUAUUAUCGAUAUAAAAGAGAGCAGAUUCAUAGAACAAAUGAUUAUUUCAUUAACGUAUAUUAGAGAAAUAAUAUGUGCUUUAUGUAUAACGAUAUGAAAUUGUGAACAUAUGACAACCCAUCCAUUUUUCAUUUGACCAGUGAAUGAUUUUCAUCUUUUAUAAAAAAACAAAAAACAAAUCAUCAUAAGCAAAUAAUGAGACUGACUAAGUAUGUCAUUGUGACUUUAGUUUAUUCAUUGAAACUUUGCAUCAUGUGUUAUAAACAGUAAUGAAUUAGAAUUAGAACAAACAGAAGAUCAUCUAUUUGAUGGAAAAAUCAUGAAUUUAGCUGAUUUGAUUUGAUAAUUUAUAUGGUACAUAAACAGAUUUCUAUACAAAAUGAUUCAAACUUAUUGUAUCUUUCUAAACAUAGUAUAAAACAAUCAAGAUAUAUUUGUAUAUUAUUUAAUCUAUAUAUAUCAGAUAUAUAUAAUUCUUUGAGAUACAAAAAGAUUCAAUAAUAGCAAAAAUUUAAAAUUAAUUAUUAAAAGUGCAACUUUCUUAAAAAAGUACUGUAUUGAAAAAGGAACUGGAAUUUUUUUGUAUACUA